CUGUCUGUGCAGGCUGCAGCUUCUUGGCGGCACCCAGGGCCUCGGCUGCCUGGCGGUUCCAGAAGUCCGGGUUCUCCUCCUCAACUGGCCAAGGGGAGAGCAAAGAUCAGCUGAGGCCCCAGGGGCCACGCGGAGGCUCACGAGGAGGCAGGCGGCCACGCGCAUCCCGUAGCCCAGGUGGCCCAGGGCUGCACCCCGGCGGUCUCGGCGCCAUGGAGUCCUGGUAUUCGCUGAUGGCGCACUACGAUGAGUUCCAGGAGGUCAAGUAUGUGAGUCACUGCGGCGCGGGGGGGGCUUGCGGGGACUUUCUGCCCGCAGGCCACCGGGCCCAGGCCGGGCUGCAGCUCUGGAAGCGGCGCAAGUUGAGCCUGCUGUCGGGCUGGUGUUUGCAGCCGGCCUCUGCUCCAUCCUGGCGGCUAUGCUGGUGCUCAAGUACCUGGGCCCGGUCGCGGCCAGCGGCGGAGCCUGUCCUGAAGGCUGUCCUGAGCGCAAGACUUCGCGUGCGCCGCUCGCUUCUUGGCCGCCAACCUGGACGCCAGCAUCGACGACCCAUGCCAGGACUUCUACUCGCUCGCCUGCGGCGGCUGGCUGCGGCGCCAUGCCAUCCCCGACGACAAGCUCACCUACCGCACCAUCGCGGCCAUCGGCUAGCAGAACGAGGAGCGCCUGCGGCGCCUGCUGGCUCGGCCCAAGGGUGGACCCGGCGGCGCUGCCCAGCACUAGGUGCGCGCCUUCUUCCGCUUGUGCCUCGAGAUGCGCGAGAUCGAACGACUGAACCCGCUGCUCAUGCUGGAGGUCAUCGAGGACUGCGGGGGCUGGGACCUGGGCGGCGCGGCGGAGCGCCCGGGGGUUGCUGCGCGAUGGGACCUCAACUGGCUGCUGUAAAAAAAGUGCAGGGCGUGUACAGCGCCGCCGCGCUCUUCUCGCUUAUGGUCAGCCUGGACGACAGGAACUCUUUGCGCUACGUCGUCCGUGUGAGUGCGCGCCCUGAGCGCCCCGCCAGCUGCCGUAGACCCGGGGCGCAGUGGCCUUGCCCAGGGGUCCCUGAGGGCGGGAGGAGGGUGCGCGAGAGGAGAGGAAGGGAAAGCAGGGGAGGGGAGGGAGCGCACAGUGGCCGCGCGCGGGAGGAGGUCAUAAGUAAUUUCCCUGGGGUAACUGCGGUGUUCAGCGGUGCAGCCAUUUCCCAGCCCUCUGGCAGGCAGUGGGGAGCGGGUGGGGUGCGCGGCAAUAUAUUCAAGCUUAUGUACAAAGCAUUUGAGGUCUAGUUGAAGAAACAACUUGAAGAAUGGUCUCGCAGCAAUUACAAACAAAUACCCUUCAGCAAUUACAAGAAGGCUUUCAAUGACUGAACCCGAAUACUUGGUUGUCUGGGUUAAACAUACGCAUUUGGGUGAUGGCCGCUAUAUUCUUUUUUGUAUCUGAUUGCUAGGGUGAUGGCCGCUAUAUUCUUUUUUGUAUCUGAUUGCUAGGCUUCUGUAAAUGGCUCUGUGCUGCCACCCGAAGCAUCUAUGACCAGGGAAGAAGGAUAGAAGCUUAUUUUGCGUUGGAUAACCAGCAAGCUCUAAGAAUUAAAGAAGGGGGAGAUGUGGGGGGUGCACGACGAUAUAUUCAAACUUAUGUACAAGGCAUUUGAGCUCGAGGCAUGGAAAAAUACUGAGGCACUGUGUGUACGUUGUUUGUGCGUGAGAAUGUAACUCCUUGACACUGAAAACAGGACAAGGAGUGGAAUGUGUGAUAAGGAGCGCUGAAAACAGCCUCCUAGGAAUGCGGUCUGAGUGCUUUUACAAGGCCGUAUGUGCCUCAUGACCCCACGGCAAAAACCCAUCUGGUGGAUGUUUGUGGUUUAACAAGCCCUCCAAUAAAUACUUGGCGGAUGGAUUUGGGGGGGCACUCUCUCGGAGGAGUUGCCGCCUGCCCCACUCA